AGUUAGCCUUAGCUAGAAACACACAAGGAUGUAAGAUUUCCUAGUGCGUCGGUUCUUUUCGCAAUUAAAAAAAAAAAUCACAGCGCGGAAGGACCUUUUUAUUAUAUUUUUUUCCCCUCAGAUAUUACUUCCUUUAAAUUAACAUGGCGACGUGCAUUCCCUUUCAAACGCAGCUGUCCUCAAUAAUGGAGGCUUUGGUGAAAGCAGCUGUGGCAGAGAUAUCCAAACUAGUCGAUGACAAAUGUGCGUUUUUGCAUCUUGAGAUUUCUCGAAAGCAAAGCGAAAUUGACAUGCUGAAAAGGAAACUGUUAAUGAUGGAGAGCAAAAACUCGCAGCUGCAGCGCGGCUUUGAAAACUACGUGGACCGAGGAAGUGAGGUGGGGAGUAAUUGUCCACAUCCCACAGGAGAUAUUAAGUUUCCAGAGAUUGAAGAUGCCACUGUUUCUUUCACAAUUAAAGAAGAGAGUCCAGAUGAACCACUGUGGAUCAGUGAUGCCGCUGGACCGAUCGGCCCUGCCAUGCCAUACCCUAAUCCAGGAAAUGUACCAGAAGGCCAGCGGCUCGAAGAGGGCCGUCAGUUAGACCAUUCAGAGGUCACCAGGUUAAAAACAUCAGAGUUUGGUGACUUGUAUAACUCUGGUCAACAUACAGGACACAUCAGUGGCCUUCAUUUCACUGUCAAGACAGAGAAGGAGGAGAACCGAUCGGGAUUCAGUCAGGAUGGAUGCCAACACAGCGUCGGGAAGCAGACUCAACUUGCUGCUGACUUUGCCAUGGAUGAAAGAGAGAAUCAACUCUGGUCAUCCAUAAUUGAAGGUAACGACAUUGACGCUGGUUUUCCAGACUUUUCUAGUGUGGUAGAGGAGUAUUCCAACACAUUCCCAGACCAUUCAGAUACUCACAUGGUUUCUAACACUAGCAAGUCGACUAGUGUCCAGCAGCCGUCAUCUCAGAGGGCGUGUAAUGGGAUCUACAACAGUGAAUGUCAGAAGGACGUUCCACAGUCGUCCAGUUUUCAGACCAGACCUCAGGAUGCUCUUUCACAGGAAGACAGGCAGAAGGAACAAAUGUACUCGCAGAGAAACACGUCACAUGUCACACAUCUGAGGCAGUCGGAUGAACACCCUGAGAGGGACACCGCAGCUGGAGAUAGACCAGUAGUAACUCACUCACACAACACUUUCACGCCAAGCAGCUACCACACUCACACUUCCCACAAACCUUUUUCUGGAGCGGCGCGGGGCUACGUUUGCUCGCAGUGCGGAAAGACGUUCGGCCGCCUGCACCAGUUCAAGCUGCACCAGCAAAGCCACAAGAGAAAGCGAGCAUUCUGGUGCGCGGUGUGCGGGAAGAGCUUCCAGUGCUCGUCCCACCUCAGCAUACACCACCGGACACACACGGGCGAGAAGCCGUACGGUUGUGGGCAGUGCGGGAAGAGGUUCACGCAGCAGAGCAGCCUGAGGGUCCACCAGCGCACUCACAGCGGGGAACGGCCCUACAGCUGCUCACAGUGCGGGAAAACCUUCAUCCUGAUGCACCAUCUGAAACGGCAUAGAAUUAUUCACACAUACAGCUGAGGCAGAGAUGCAUGAGGCUGCUUCGCUCAGGUGAACGACCCUUAAAACUAAAUCAAAAAGCCAAUGAACGGCAACUUUUUUGCUUGUGAUUUGUACUGUUGUGGAAUUGAUCACAGACUUUCUAUAUUAAUGCAUAUUUUACUAUGCAAAAUCCAUCUGGAUGGAUUUUAAGAUCUUAGCUUCUUUUUUAAAAAUAUUUGUUUUAUAAUAAUCAAAAUGUGAAACUGAAUUGCACCCUUGGAACAAAAUUCACACGUCAGCAUUUUAAAGAAAUUUCCAAAGCUAGAAAUCCAAAAAACAAUUUAGAGACAUUAAAAAAAAUCCUGCAGAUUUCCUCUUACCGGUUCCUGCAUACUUCGUGUUUUCCACUCAUAGACACAGUUUGUUUCGGCUUCUCAUGUAAAAAUGAGCCUUAUUUUAUCUCAGUACUGAAACUGUUGAAGCACAAGAUGCUCAUUAUUCCUGUUAGUUUCCCCUUUACAGUCACAAGUGGGUUCCUCCCUUCUGCUCAGUGCUACUGAAGCACCUCUUAGGUUUAUGUUUUGAUGUCAGCAUUAGUAAAAACCUGCCCGUCUAUCGUUGCAAGUUUACUUUUCCGUGGAAGUGCACCCAAAAUCAGUAGAUCUUUGUUAUGAUUCAUAU